UUUCCUAAUUUGUGAGAAAUACUACCCUAAUGAAUAGAUGGAUGUGACUGAGUGAAUGAAAAGCCUUGAGGUAACCAAGUCUGAUUGUUUUCCUUUCACUUAAAAAAUAGUUUCUUGACCUAUGUAAUGGAGUUUUGUUUUUAUUCUUGUUGAUAUGAGAUGGGUGUUGGCUGCCAGCUUUUCUUUAUCGUUUGUAAAUCCAUUAAGAAAACUGAGCAUACUGUAAAAGCUCCCAUAUGCACGCUAAUGUUUUAUUCCUUUUGGAAGGCAAGCUUACUUCAUGUUGUAAAACAAAAGAUUUUGAAUUUUCAAUUUAGGACAUAUGUUUUUGAUAGGCUUAUUGGCAGGUUUCAAUUUUUAUAACUCACUGGAACGCAAUAGAAAAGGCUAGUAGGGCAGCGUUUUAUGGGUAUUUUAUCUGUUUUGGGGGGCAGGAUAGUGAGGACAUUUGGAUUUUUUUUCAAAUUGUUACAGAGAAAAAAACUGGACCACCAAAUGACUCCCUGGAUGAACACAGCCAUCACAAUUGUCAGUUUUUCCCUUAUUCUGUAUGGACCUACCUGAUUGUAAGAUUCAAAAUUGGAGGAAGUGGGACUGCUGGAUUUUCACCUUGCAGCUCAAGAGUCAGUAGACUCCCAGAUGAAGUUCAGGAAAAAGAGCCUUUUGAAGGAUGAGCCUGCAAUUCUGGAACAGUCAAGUAACCAGCCUCUCCUCUUGCAGAAGCACAGCAGUCUACUGAGUCACCUGAAGUAGACUCUGAACCCAAAAAGAUUCUCACACAUGUAGAAAGGUCAGGAGUGAUUCCUGAGUUGCCAAUGUGCAGUAGAACAAUGAUUCCUAUCACUGAAUUCCGCCAAUUCUCUGAACAGCAGCCAGCCUUCCGUGUUUUGAAGCCAUGGUGGGAUGUAUUUACAGACUAUCUUUCUGUUGCCAUGUUGAUGGUUGGUGUGUUUGGUUGCACAUUACAGGUGAUGCAGGAUAAGAUCAUAUGCCUUCCCAAAAGAGUCCAGCCUUCUCCGAAUAUAUCUCACCUUAAUAUAUCAGAUAUGGAUUCCAGUGCAGCUCAGUUCCUUCCACCCAAGCCAUCCACACCUCCUGCCACUGUUGAAAUGAAGGGCUUAAAGACUGACUUAGAUCUCCAGCAGUACAGCUUUAUAAAUCAAAUGUGCUACGAGCGUGCUUUGCAUUGGUAUGCAAAGUACUUUCCAUACCUUGUCCUUAUACACACAUUGAUCUUCAUGCUAUGUAGCAACUUUUGGUUCAAGUUCCCAGGGUCCAGCUCAAAAAUUGAACAUUUCAUUUCCAUUCUGGGGAAAUGUUUUGACUCUCCUUGGACCACAAGGGCUUUGUCAGAGGUUUCUGGAGAAGACUCUGAGGAGAAAGACAACAGGAAGAACAACAUCAGCCGGUCAAACACGGUCCAGCCUAGCACAGAAGGCAAUUUGGUCAAGACGCAGUCCUUAAAAUCCAUACCUGAAAAAUUCAUUGUGGAUAAAGGAACUCCAGGGGCGUUGGAUAAAAAAGAAGGAGAACAAGCUAAAGCAUUAUUUGAGAAAGUGAAGAAAUUCCGUCUCCAUGUUGAGGAAGGUGACCUACUAUAUGCUAUGUAUGUUCGCCAAACAGUGCUGAAAGUAAUCAAGUUUCUUAUUAUUAUUGCAUAUAACAGUGCGCUUGUUUCAAAAGUUCAGUUUACAGUAGAUUGCAAUGUUGACAUUCAAGACAUGACAGGAUAUAAGCACUUUUCUUGCAAUCAUACAAUGGCACAUCUUUUUUCUAAACUCUCAUUCUGCUACUUAUGCUUUGUAAGUAUUUAUGGACUGACUUGCCUUUACACUUUGUACUGGCUGUUUUACCGCUCUCUGAAAGAAUAUUCAUUUGAGUACGUCCGGCAAGAGACUGGAAUUGAUGAUAUCCCAGAUGUCAGGAAUGACUUUGCUUUUAUGCUCCACAUGAUAGACCAGUAUGAUCCUCUUUACUCGAAAAGAUUUGCUGUAUUUCUUUCAGAGGUCAGUGAAAACAAACUGAAGCAGCUGAAUUUAAACAAUGAGUGGACUGCCGAUAAACUCAGGCAAAGAUUGCAAACGAAUGCCCAUAACCGUUUGGAACUGCAACUGUUUAUGCUGUCUGGACUUCCUGAUACAGUCUUCGAAAUUACAGAGCUUCAAUCCUUGAAACUUGAAAUUAUUAAUAAUGUCAUGAUACCAGCUACCAUUGUGCAACUCAUCAAUCUCCAAGAGCUCUCCCUAUACCAGUGUUCUGCAAAGAUUCAUAGUGCAGCCUUGGCAUUUCUAAAAGAAAACCUGAAAGUCUUGAAUGUCAAGUUUGAUGACUUCAGAGAACUUCCACCUUGGAUGUACGGGCUCAGAAAUUUAGAAGAAUUGAGCUUAAUUGGUUCUUUAUGCCACGACAUUUCUAAAAAUAUAACUUUGGAGUCUUUUCGAGAGCUGAAGAACCUUAAAGUCCUGCAGAUUAAAAGCAACCUGUCCAAAGUCCCACAGUCUGUAGUUGAUGUUUCAAGUCACCUUCAAAAAAUGUGCAUUCAUAAUGAUGGCACUAAACUAGUAAUGCUCAACAACCUGAAAAAAAUGGUCAACUUGACAGAAUUAGAGUUGGUGCACUGUGAUCUGGAGCGCAUUCCUCAUGCUGUUUUCAGCCUUAACGCUCUUGAGGAGCUGGAUCUCAAGGAAAACAAUCUGAAAUCUAUAGAGGAAAUUGUUAGCUUUCAACACCUUAGAAAACUUACAAUCCUAAAGUUAUGGCACAACAGUAUAACCUAUAUCCCUGAGCACAUAAAGAAGCUCACCAGUCUAGAACGGCUUUCUUUUAGUCACAACAAGAUAGAGGUUCUCCCAUCCCACCUUUUCCUGUGCAACAAAAUUAGGUAUUUAGAUUUAUCUAACAAUGACAUACGAUUCAUCCCCCCUGAAAUUGGGGUUCUACAAAGUUUACAGUAUUUUUCCAUUUCUUGGAACAAAAUAGAGAGUGUGCCAGAUGAGCUGUACUUUUGCAAAAAAAUCAAGACACUGAAGAUUGGGAAAAAUAACUUGUCUAUUCUUUCACCUAAAAUUGGAAAUCUAGUGUCGCUAUCCUACUUGGACAUUAAAGGAAAUCACCUGGAGUUUCUUCCCCAUGAACUUGGUGACUGCAGAGCUCUUAAAAAGGGUGGACUUGUGGUUGAAGACACCUUAUUUGAAACUCUACCUUUGGAUGUUAGAGAACAGAUGAAGGCUGAAUAAUAUUCUCAGUACUCAGUACAAACUUUCUGCCAAAUGCCUUGUACAUAACUAAUAUGCCUUCAAGUCUUUAUCUUAUUUUGAUGUAUUUUGACAUUUUAUAUAUGGAUCAUUUUGGAAUAUAUGUAUGACAUGUAAAUGUUUAUAUUUAUAUAAGCUUUCUUUUUCUACCCCACCCACUUCCAUGUUUACAAUUUUAUUUUUUAAUUUUGGCCUCGUAUGUCUCUACUUUUUACUCUGCUUUGUUGAGAUCAAAUUGCUGACAUCUGCCUUAAAAAAUGCCCUAGCUCAAACGAAGAUAAUCAUCUUUAAAAAAUAAAUAAUUUAGGUAACAUAUUUAAGUAGAAUAAUUUAUGGUUGCUGUAGCAACUGGAAUUCUUUCUAUUCUGCUUUUCAAAAAUCACCUAAAUGCUUUAAAACUGAAAAAAAGUGUUCUUUAUCUUGUUUAUUUCCUAGUGUCAGGUAAUUGUGGCUUCUGCAAGUCAGAUUGCCCUGUCCUUGGGAUUUCUUUAUAGCAAAACAGCAAAGUAACCGAUCAUUGAUAAAAGAUACUUCUUCGCUGAUGACUGUUCUGUGCUCAUCAAACCUAUGCUGCUAUUGCUGGCAAUAGAACCUGUUCUUUAAAAGACUGAAUUAAAAUCGCACUUUAGCUAGGA